UCUGUUGGCAUUCUCCAAGACAAAUACCCUUACCAUCAAUACAUCGCCAUGGACGCCGCCGCAGCAAUCAAGCAGCUACGACAGGGCCAAAAGCCACAGUGGCCAGCAAAUACCGAAUCGUUAGAAUUCGCGCACUCUCUCGACCAAAGCACAGAGAUCCCCAAAACAUUCCGACCAGAAUUUGUUGUUCCUAGCAAGGCGCAACUCAAGCGGAAAACCCUAAAAGAUGACGCACAAACCGCCAAUCCAGCAUCAACACCCGAUGACGAGGCCAUCUACUUUUGCGGUAACUCGUUGGGCCUACAGCCAAAAGCCGUUGGCGAGCACCUGAACGCAUAUCUGAAGACAUGGGGAUCCAUCGCCGUCGGUGGUCAUUUUACCGCUCUCGAGGACUCGCCACUUACCCCAUACCAAGACAUGGCUGCGGGAUGCUCAAAGAGAAUGGCUGACAUCGUCGGCGCCUCACCUUCAGAAAUCGUUGCCAUGAACACACUGACCAUCAACUUGCAUCUGAUGAUGGCUGCAUUCUACAAGCCUACGGAGAAGAAGCACAAGAUUAUGUGCGAGUGGCGACCAUUUCCUAGCGACUGGUAUGCAAUCGAAUCGCAAAUAGAAUGGCAUGGCCUCGACCCCAAGAAGUCAAUGCUGUUGGUUGAACCGGAUGACGGACACAUUAUGACUACAAAGAACAUCCUCAGGCUUAUUGACGAGAACGUGGACGAGCUGGCGCUGAUCAUGCUACCUGGUAUCCAAUACUACAGCGGCCAGCUACUCGACAUCCCAACCAUUACCGCACAUGCACGGAAGCACAACAUCACCAUCGGAUGGGAUUUAGCACACGCUGCUGGCAACGCUGAGCUGAAGCUCCACGACUGGGAUGUCGACUUCGCCUGCUGGUGCACAUACAAGUACAUGAACGCCGGUGCCGGUUCCAUCGCAGGUGCUUUCAUCCACGAGAAGCACGGCAACAACGACCACUACAAGGGACUGAAGGGCUGGUACGGCCACGACAAGUCAUCACGCUUCCUCAUGGACAACAAGUUCGUUCCUACACCCGGCGCGCAAGGUUUCCAAUGUUCAAACCCAUCGAUCGUCGACCUCACAUGCCUAGCUGGCUCGCUCAGCGUCUUCGAGAAGACUUCCAUGACCGACCUACGGUCACGAUCCCUGCUCUUGACGGCAUAUGCUGAGCACCUGCUCUCUCAGAUCGCCGCACGUAACAUCAAGGACGGCGCUUUCCCCUUUCAAAUCAUUACACCCACAGAUCCUCGAUUCCGUGGCGCACAACUAAGUGUUCUGCUCCCGGAAGACGUUUUUGACGAUGCGAGCGCAGCGCUGGUAGAAGGCGGUGUUAUCUGCGACAAGAGGAAACCUGGUAUCAUUCGAGUUGCGCCUGUGCCAAUGUACAACACUUUCAACGAUGUUUGGAGGUUUAUGCAAAUCUUUGAGGAGGCGAUACGGCAGAAGGGACAAGGGCAGACGCAGGAGCCUCAGUCGCAAGGAGCGCCAGUUGAGGCGAGGUUCGUCCUCAAAUCUGGCGCAUACUCUGAUCUUACCAUCAUUUGUAAUAACGACACGUACAAGGUCCACAAAGCCAUUGUGUGCGAGCGCGCCGAGUUCUUUGCCCGCAACCUGAAGUUUGGCGGAAAGGAAUCAGAGAGUGGUAUCAUCAAUCUUCCUGAUGACGAGCCAGACACCGUCAGACUCUUAAUUCACUACCUAUAUGGAGGCGAAUAUAAACCGUUGCUACCUGACAACAAUUGUUGGGCAGGCGUAACUUUGUCUGCGUUCAAACAGGCUGCCAAAGAGUCUCGCCCACUGGACAAUGCCAAUUCGCAACCGUACAACUACGACUUUCCCCACACAUGCAGCCAUCCCAAUAGAGCCUGCACUAAACCGCACAUUUGUCCACAUCAUACUUGCAGUAACAACAAGGACUGUAAGACGGGGUCUCAUCUUUACACGUGUUCCAACUUCAACUGCGAAGAAUGCAACCCUUCAGCUCUUCCGUUGUCUUCAAUCAACGGCAAGGCCGAUCAACUCCUCCUCCACUCCGAGAUGUACGAGAUUGCAGACAAAUAUGACGUUGUCGGACUCAAGGACCUGGUCAUCGAGAAAUUCCACAGGGCUUGCCAGCACUUCUGGGACAGCGACAAGUUCUCUGUCGCCGCUCACCAUGUAUUCUCCACCACUCUCGAUGACGACAAGGGCCUGCGCGACAUUGUCAGUGCGACGAUUAGCGCACACAUGGGCUUAAUCAAGAAGCCUGAAGUCAAGGUCCUCUUGAACGAAUUCAACGGUCUUGCUUUGGGCAUUCUAGAGGAGAAGAUCAUAGAGAAUGGUUGGUAG